AUGACUUCCAAGGGCGUCAAUGUGCCGACCAACCAGGCCAUGAAGGAGAAGGACAUCAAUGCUAAGCUCCAUCUCUAUGGCAUCUACGCGGCCUUUGCCAAUGGCAAGGUGCCAUCGGUAAGCCCAACCACUACAUUGCGUCAAUUCAAGAUCAAGAGCUGAUCCAGCAUUUCAUCAUAGAACAAGCAAAUUGAUGUUGCCAUGAACACCGCGCUUGAGUGGCAAGGACUCACCAAGCCCUCUGGCAAGCUCUCUGCCGAAGGCCAGAAGCUGAUCGCUGAUCUGCGCGACGUCAUUCAGAAGUCCAAGGAGCUUCUCCUGUCCAAGAACAGCGGGAACCUCCUCCAGGAUUUCAUCUGGCAGACUCAGCAGAUUGGCAGCGGCGAUGUUAGGGGCAUCAACGCACCUGUCGACAAGGACACUGCUCAGCAGCAUGGCCAGCAGGCACUCGAGGGCCUGCGCACUCUCGGCACGCUUUUGAUCACCAACGGCCAAUUCCGCAAGCUUUGUACGUCUUUGGUAAUGGUUGUAGGCAUUUGGACGAGGCUGACAGUUUUAUAGUGAGUGACGCGACCGUCCUACUUCGCGACAUCGCGGGUGAUGCCGCAACCAACACAGCGGCCAAGGUCAAGCCAGGCGAAGAGCAGCUCUCACAGAUCGACCAACCAGCUGAGGACCACACUUGGCACGGUUAGUUUCAGUGAUGGUUACACGUGAAGCGCGCGACUGACGAUGAAAUCUGCAGAUACCCCCGAUCUCUCAAAGGAGAGCAUCCGCAACCAGAUCAAAAGCCAGGUACCUGUUGGAAAGAGGGACGUUGACAAGGCCGUCGGCGAUGCCGCCCAGGCUGCCCACCCAGAAGGUUACCGCGACCCAGCUGAUGCCGGUGCUCUUGCUGCUGCCGACCAGCGGAAGGGCACUCAGAGCGGCGCGGACUCCACGGCUGGUGCCAAGGCUGGCACGGGCGCGCUCAAGAACCAGAUCUCGGACAACAUGGACGAAGACCAGAAGCAGAAGAUGCGCGAAUACCGCGAGCGGUCCAAGAGGUACUUCCAGGGCAAGGUGCCUCCAGAGCGCCGGGACCAGAUCAUCUUCCGUUUGAAGAAGAUGGUUGUUGAGAUCCAGGCCCAUCAAGACUGUACGUGAUUCGGCAUCAGUAUACAACGGGCUACACUGACUGAUUUUGGCAGACCAGCAGGCGAUCGACACUCUCCUCCGACUUGCCGAGACCUACGGUGGCCACGCGCGGGACGUCCAUGGCCAAGCAACUGACUCCGUGAAAGGUGCCCAUUCUCAGGACAGUCUGACUAAGGUUGAAGCUGACCUCAAGGUGUGUUUUGAUAGGUUUCUUGGAGAACAGUCGGCCAAUGCUGACGAAUCUCAAGACACUGCUGGAGCGUUUCGCCAACAGCACAUCUUUCGACGAUCUUUUCGAUGCGAUUAACCAGAUUUACGCCGAUGCAGACCGCGACCCAGAACUCAAGCGCUUCUUCAAGGUAUGUUGCCAAAUGAGCCCACGCUGUAUAAUUCGAGAACGUGACUGACCCCAUGGAUAGGACGCCGACUCCUUCAUCCGCAAGUGCCUGCAAGAGCAGGGCUAUGUUCUCCAGGACGAGUCGAACGAGCGAUGGAACCAGCUCUACGACCGCGGCAACUUCUUGCUGCGUGAGCGCUACAAGGACCACACUGACCGCAUUGUCGACGAGCUCAAGUUCUUGGCCGACCAGUUCGAGCAAGACCCACAGAACAAGGCUUUCGCCGACUCCAUGAACAAGCUUUUCUUGGACCUUGGCAACGACGACGAUGGCAAGCCCACCUUCAAGCCUCACUUGGUCAAGGACUUGACCGAGGUGCUCAUUCCGGCGUUCUUUGAGAACAUUCGCUACGUCCCAAUUCCUCGCAUCGAGUUCUCCGACCCAAUGGUUGACGUUGUCGUUGAGAACUUGGUCAUUGAGGGUGACAACCUCGCACCAAACAUGUUCGAGUUCGGCAGCGACAACUACUGGCGCUGGGGACGCAAGGGCUUCACGAACAAGAACAAGAACAAGGUCAUGCUCUCCGUGUCCGGCGUGCAGAUGGACAUCCGUGAUGUCUCCUACUACGUCAAGAAGAAGCAGGGCUUCCCCAGCAUCGCCGACAAGGGCAUCAUGGACAUCUUCCUCGGCGGCUCAGGUCUGAGUUUCAAGGUCGCGAUGGAGACGGCCGACAAGAGUGACAAGCAGCACUUCUUCAAGAUCAACACCGUCCAUGUUGACAUCAAGAACAUGAACAUCAAGUUGAAGCAGUCCAACCACAAGCUCCUGUUCGGCCUCUUCAAGCCAGUCCUCUUGAAGGUCAUGAACCCAGCCAUCCAGAAGGUGGUCGAGAAGCAGAUCCGCGACAAUGUUCACCAGCUUGACGCCAUGCUCUUCCAGGUCAAGAAGGAGGCCGACCGCGCCACAGAGGAGGCCAAGGCCAACCCUGACCCAGAGAACAUCCAGAACAUCUACCAGCGCUACUUCAACGCCUUCCAGAAGCAGAUGCAGAAGGGCCAGAACAAGAAGGAGGAGGUCAAGCAGAGUGCUGAGGACAAGAAGGUCAACAUGGCUGUCACUCAGUACGACUCCAUCUUCCCGCAGGUCAAGCUGCCCGGCGGCAUCUCCACCAAGGCCACCGAGUACAAGGAGCUGGCCGCUAAGGGCGAGCAGUGGGAGAGCCCGGUCUUCAGCAUUGGCACUGGCAAGGAGUCGACCAGCCUGCCCAGAGUCUCUCAGCCCGUCCGCAAGCCCCACAACACCGCGCAGGGCACCGUGCGUGGGGGUAACGCCCCCGUCGGUAACGCCGUUGGUAACGGAAAGCCCACGACGAACGGCUUCGCGAACCAAGUCAACGACGCCUUCUCUUCGCCCGCUACCAACGUCUCGGGCGUGCACACGACUCUCGGCCAGUCCAACCCGGUCUACCAGGGCGACGUCUAA